CGUACCUCCACCACUCCGUCGUUAUAUUCAGAAUUAUCCACAGUCAACAUGGGUAAUGAUGGAGGAAGCAUUCCGGAUAGGCGCGACUUGGUAAAAACGAAGGCCAAGGCAGAGCAAGCAGACAAGGCUAAUCAGGUGAAAGCACGCUGGUUCUUCUGUGCGUUGUCAAAGCGACCUUUGCAAGAGCCGAUUGUAUCUUGUGCGCUCGGCAAGCUGUAUAAUAAAGAUGCCAUAUUAGAGUAUCUACUUGAUAAGUCGGCUUAUGGUGAUGGAGAUGAGAUAUGUGGACAUAUAAAGUCAUUAAAGGACGUCAAGACUUUAAAGUUAACGCCGAACCCCGCUCGACCAGUAUCUGAUUCACCAACCGAUCGUGCACAAUUUAUCUGUCCGCUAACACUGAGAGAGAUGAAUGGUGGAGCACCUUUCGUGUACUUCGCCACGUGCGGUUGCGUUCUUUCGCAGGCUGGUCUCAAAGCUCUGUCAGGUUCGAAUGGUUCCGCGUCUCCUUCGUCGUCGGAUGAAGAUCGAGGGAAGGAGAAAGAUAAGGAGAAGAAGGAUGCUGGGUCCAAGCAACUUGAUCUCUGUCCUCAGUGUGGUGCUAAGUACGAACGCAUCAUGGACGUCCACAUGCUCAAUCCAGACCCCGAGACAGAAACGGGCAUGCGUGCAGCGAUGGAGGUCCGACAACGCGAAAAAGCAACAACAAAGGGGAAAAGCAAGUCGAAGAAGAGGAAAGCUGCAGAGGGAGGCGAAGCUGACUCCGAGCAGCCACCUUCGGAAACGAAAAAGGCGAAAUCCAUGCCUAUGCCAUCUUUGAACCCGACGAUUGCUGCUGCCAGUCGAGCGGUAGCUAGCAGUCUCGCAGAAGAGGAAGCAAAACGCAAGGCGAGUAUGAGUGAUGCGGUUCGGAGUUUGUAUGAGAGCAAGAAGUCUGCCGUGAAGGAGGGUGAUGCUGCAUGGAUGACUAGGACUUUCAAUAGAUAUGCUUGAAUGGCCUUGCUUUCUUGUCGUGUAUUUUGAUUCGGUCGUUUAUUGUAAGGGUGUAAAUUAUUAAUACUCGUCGGCUGUAUCACUAUCUUGUAACAGGGAUUCUUAUUCUGGGUGUGUUGAACUCCGUUGCAUUCUGGUGUCCUCUCAGUACGAUACUUUGACCCACUGUAUUGCGUGUGAAUAGGAAAGGAAAC